GGAGCUGACGCGGCCGCCCCGCCCCCAGACAUAACCGGCAGCCACCACCGCCUCGGUGGACAGCGCCAAGCGCAGGAGGCUCGGACCCGCGGCCGAUGCCGGGUGCCCCGCCUCCCGCUUCCCGCCUUCCCGCCAUGGCCGCGCCCCGCACUCUGGCGGCCGCUGCGCCCGCGCCCGGAAAGGCCAAGCUGACGCACCCUGGGAAGGCCAUCCUGGCAGGCGGCCUGGCGGGCGGCAUCGAAAUUUGCAUCACCUUCCCCACCGAGUACGUGAAGACGCAACUGCAGCUGGACGAGCGCUCGCACCCACCGCGCUACCGGGGCAUUGGGGACUGCGUGCGGCAGACGGUCCGCAGCCAUGGCGUCCUGGGCCUGUACCGAGGCCUCAGCUCCCUGCUCUACGGCUCCAUCCCCAAGGCGGCUGUCAGGUUCGGGAUGUUCGAGUUCCUCAGCAAUCACAUGCGGGACGCCCAGGGACGACUGGACAGCACGCGGGGACUGCUGUGCGGCCUGGGCGCUGGCGUGGCUGAGGCCGUAGUGGUCGUGUGCCCCAUGGAGACCAUCAAGGUGAAGUUCAUCCAUGACCAGACUUCCCCCAACCCAAAAUACAGAGGAUUCUUCCACGGGGUCAGGGAGAUUGUGCGGGAACAAGGGCUGAAGGGGACAUACCAGGGCCUCACUGCCACCGUGCUAAAGCAGGGAUCCAACCAGGCCAUUCGCUUCUUCGUCAUGACCUCCCUGCGCAACUGGUAUCGAGGGGAUAAUCCCAACAAGCCCAUGAACCCGCUGAUCACCGGCGUGUUUGGAGCUAUCGCAGGUGCAGCCAGUGUCUUCGGAAACACUCCUUUGGACGUGAUAAAGACACGAAUGCAGGGUCUGGAAGCACACAAAUACCGAAAUACUUGGGACUGCGGCUUGCAGAUCCUAAAGAAUGAGGGGCCCAAAGCAUUCUACAAGGGUACUGUGCCUCGCCUGGGCCGUGUCUGCCUGGACGUAGCCAUCGUGUUUAUCAUCUAUGAUGAGGUGGUGAAGCUGCUCAACAAAGUGUGGAAGACAGACUGAACCACAAGGGUCUGCGUGGGGGUUGUGCCCAGGCGCCUCCAGACCAGUUCCCUCCACCCUCUUCUCUUAAUUCCAAUGCAGUCGUGCCAAAAGGUCCCCUUCCCUUGUCCCUUGCACUCCGUGGCCUGGGCCUGUCCCCUGUGGCCAUUGAGUAUGUUUGUCCCAUAGUGUUGUGUGUCCCUUGUCCAUGUGACAC